AUCUUAAACAUUGUCCCAUUAUGUCAUUUUACAGCUUUAAAAACCUUCGCCAAAAUUUAUUUCUCCACAUUAUAUACACUACUUUUGGAACAUACCUAAAAAUAGACUUAACUUGUAAAAAGUUCAUUUUAAUCUGUAAAUUGAUAGAUUUACAGUUUGAUUGGGUUUUUACUUUAACCUGUAAUUUCUAGUUAAUUUUGAAAAGGCAGCCAAAACCUAUUUACAGUCAGUCAAAUCUUAAUUCUGAUACUAUCGAUCAAUUUAGAUCAAAUUAUAAUAAUCAAUCGGAUCAUUAGUGAUUGAUUGUGGGUAGAAAAGGUUCCAUCACUACCAUCCCGAUGGCUGUAAGUCAUGAAAUAACCACACCGAAUGGUAAAGUUGGUGAUGGUAAUGGUAGUAGUCUAUUUGAUCUACCGACUAAAAGCAUUAAAUCUCCAUCAUCAUCAAGUUUUGAAAAUAGUAGUGUGUCAUCGAUUCAAUUGCUGACUCCCAUUAAGAGACUACGGUUUGAUGAUCGAUCUCAAACUAAAACUAGUGUGGCUUUAAGACAUCAUAAUCAUAAUAGUAAUCACCCUCAAUCCCCAAAUCAUAAUCAAUCAUAUAAUUCUUUAGACAGUAGUCUGGUAUUACAAAAUCAAUCGAAUAUUCAUCUAGAUGAAUCAUUAGAAACAUCUAUCACAUCAAAUUCAUGGUCAUCAAACUUCAUCACUAAGGACAUAUUCAAAUGGAAAGAAACGUUGACCAUUAGUUCCAUUAUCAAUGCUCCAGACUUCAUAAAUAUCAAUGGGUCUGUGGUUUGUAUUGAACCAUCAUCGAUUUAUAUCGCGUUGGGAACAAAUAAAGGUUGUAUUAUCAUCUUCAAUUAUCAUCAAGGUGUUGAAUUCAUACUAUCUUUCAAAGAUGAAAAUCAAUCAUCUAAUCAAAAUACUGCUGCUACAACGGUUGAUCCUAUAGUUAGUACCAUGGCAUUCUCCGCUGAUUCAACAUUCAUAGCGGCAGGUUAUACCAAUGGACAAAUUAAAUUAUGGGAUUUAUCAUCCAAAUCUUCAGAAUCACUUCCUGGAAGUAUAGAACCUUAUUUCACUAUUAAUCCUAUCACAUUACAAGAACGAUUCACACAAAUAUCAGAAGGACAUUUAAAAAAUACUCCUAUUACACAUAUUUCAUUCAUUGGCGAUAAAUAUUAUCAAUUGAUUUCCAGUGAUCUUUCUGGUUUAGUAUUCUAUCAUAAUGGGAUUAAAAAAUUCUUACAAAAAUAUUUCAUAUCUCAAAAACUUCUAGGCAAUAAUGAUGCAAAUAUAAGUGAUAAUAGUACGUUAAUCAAUGAUUGUCAAGUAUUACCCUUGGGAGAUUCUAAUCAAUUGACCGAUCAAUUGGGUCUUAUGGCUGUCAUCACGAAUAAUAUCUUAACCAUUGUUUCAAUAUUAUCCUUAAAUAAUCCUCAUAAUGUUAAUCUUAUACAACAUUUUAAAAUCGGGAAAUCAAAAUAUGUCAAUAAUCUUGAUAAUGUGAUAGGAAGUUUGGAUUGGUUCCCCUGUAUGAAAGCUGGAGAAGAAGAUGGUGAUGAGAAUAAUAAUACCAUUUUAAAUGCUAAACUUGCUUAUGCUUGGAAUAACGUACUAACGAUCUUAGAAUUGGAUAAUCAAUCAAUCUCAGGAAAUAUGAUAAAUGUAUUAAAGGAAUUGAAAGAUAAAGAUAAGGGAUUACCCAAAUUUCAUAUUUAUAAAACAGUGAGAUGGUUAACUCCAGAUUCCAAUGAUUCAAUCGUAUCAGUUAAAUGGUUAUCAUCAAGUAUUUUAAACGUAUUCGUUAAAAAUCAUGAUCUCGAAACCAUCACUAUGACUUCGCUUUACUAUUCUCCUAAUAAAGAACUUAUAAUCGCUGGUCAAGAUAGUAUCGCAAAUUUAAGUAUUACCAAUAAUUUAUUAUUUGGUACUACUCAUGAAAGAGGUACUACGAGAAUUACGAAAACAGCGUUUGAAUCAUAUAACUAUUCGAUAAAAGUGGUUAAACAUAGGAUAUUGGCUAUUUCAGAUGAUAAAAAAGUCUUCAUUGGUAGACUGUCAAAUUGGGCAGAUACCUUAUAUGAAUUAUUAUCUCAAAAACAAUAUUUUCAAGCUUUAUCUACUGCUAAUGAUUAUUAUCUUUCAACUAAUUCUGGUAAAUUGGUACUUGUGGGAUUACCGGCUGAUCCUAAUGAAAGAGCCAAAAUUAUGACAGUUUAUUUAUUAAAAAUUAUGCAAGAAUCAAUUCCUCAUAUCUUUACGAAUCAUGAUUCUUAUGGACAAUUGAAUACAUGUCUUAAUAUUCUUUCUUACCUUUCAACAAGUGGAAGUAAAGAGGAAUCUUCAUCAUCUUUAUCACAAGAUUUGAUGGAUUUAAUGGAAUCAAUAUAUGAAAAUUUUCAAAAGGAUGGAUUAUUCUUUGAAACUUUAAAAUCAUUUAUUUUAUUAGGAAGCAUUACAACCAUCCCUCCUAUUGUAUUACAGAAGUUAGUGGAGUAUUUUGUGGAGAAUGAUCAAGGUGAAUUAUUAACUGAAAUGCUUUGCUUACUAGAUAUUCAACUAUUGGAUAUUGAUUUAACCAUUCAGUUAUGUGAAAAGUAUAACUUACGUGAAUGUCUAAUUUAUAUUUGGAAUUUCUUAUUAAAUGAUUAUUCAACUCCUUUAAUUGAUUUUGUUAAUGAUUUUAAUAAAAAUCCACAGUUCAUAAGGUCAGAUGAUUAUCUUCAAGCUUAUACUUAUAUGUCAUAUAUUCUUACUGGUAGACAAUAUCCUACUGAUAGAUUCAUAGAUUUUAACAAAGAAUUGGCAGCUAAAGAAAGUAUAACCAAUGUUUUAUUUUCCAUGACUCCUAUUGUCAUCAAUGGCAAGUCUAUUCAAACAAAGAAUGAUAAAACGAUAUUUCCAUAUUUGUAUUGUUUCUUACGGGCUAAUUCAUUUGAAAUGUUGACGACAUUAAAUGAAUUCUUUGAAGAUCGAUAUUUGAAUGAUGAUGAAAAUCGAAAGUUAAAUCGUCAAUACAUUACAGAGGCUUUAUUGGAUGUAUAUGAAAUUAAUCAAUUACAAUUCACUGAUUUUGAUCGUUGUCAAUUAGCCAUAUUCAUUGGGAGAAAUUAUCCCAAAUAUUCUCAAUUUAUAAGAUUAUCAGAAUCUACUUUGAAUCGAAUUAUCAAUGAUUUAUGCAAUAAUACUGAUCAAGAACUUGUGAUUGAUUGUGAAUUGGCAUUACAAAGUUUAUUGCCUCAUUAUGAACCAGAAGAUGAUGAUUAUUUAUUAGAAAAGUUACAUAUUGCAAAGUAUUAUAAUGUGUUGUUGAAUAUUUAUAAAUCACAAGGUAAAUACUCUAAAGUAUUAGAGAUUUGGCUUGAAAAAUUAAGUGAUAGAAAUGAAUUACUUAACGAUAUUGAUAACAAUGAGACAGAUAAUGAAUCAAUUAAUAAUAUCUUGGAGAAUUCGUUCAUGCUAUCUAAAUCAAUUACUGAUAAAUUAAGUUUAGUUCGAGUGAUUAGGAAUAAUUUUGAAACUUUUGCAUCCUUAGAUUUGCAUAGUUUUAUCAACCUUUUAUCACGAUACAAUCCCCAAUUACAUGAAGAAAUCUUACUUGUAUGUGAGAAUGAUAUAUUUGUGUUUAAAUAUUUGGAAGUUUUAUUUCAAACUCUGAAUAUUAUGGAAAUAUCGCAUAAUAUUAGUAACUUCAAUAAAUUAAUCAUUAAAUAUCUUGAAUUGUUAUAUACCUUCAAAAGAUCAACUCAAAUCUUUGAUUUCUUAGAAGAAUGGAAAUACGAAUUGUUUAAAAACAAAUCAGAAUUUUAUACCAUCUUUGAAUUAGUCAAGGAGAAAGAUUUGAUUGAAUGUGUGGCAAGUUUAAUGUUAUUGGAAGACAAGUAUCGUGAGUCAUUGGACGAAUUGUUACGAUUCAUGAAAACUAUGGUUGCAAAGAUUGCGAACGAAGAUGUGAAUGGUCAACAAAAAGAAUUGACUAGAUUCAGGAUAAUUUUAAACCAUGGUAUAAGUAUAUGUCAAAAACCUCAAACAUUUGAUAUUGAAUACGAUAAUGAAUUGAAAUUAAAUGAAAAAAUGUGGUUAGAGCUUAUUGAAAAUUUAGUGGAAUUGGCUAAUCUUUCCAUGGCUAAUCAACUAGUUCAUGAGUUUCUUAAUAAGUGUAUUCAUGAUGUAUUUAGAACCAUCAGUGAUACUAAAUUGAAACAACAAGAGAGAUCAUUUUUGGUUAUAUUUAAUAAGUUCUUAGCUAAUUCAUCUGAUAAAUCAACUUUAUCAAAUAUUAGAGGUAUAUUACAGGAAGUUUUUAUCUCAUAUUCUUAUGAGAGUGAAAUGUUAAAGAUUUCCUUGUCCAUGUUGAAUGAAAACAUUUAUAAAAGUAUGAAGCUUAUUAAAUUGGAGAAUUUGAAAGGUUGGGUAAUCAAAUCGAAGAUUUGUUCAUCCUGUAGCAAAGUAAUGUGGGGGAAUAGUUUAAAUAAUGAUAUUUUAUCAGAACAUUAUAAUGCUUGGGAAGAUAAACAACGAUCAAUAUUAAUGUUAAGUUCUUCCACCAAUGAUGAUAACCAAUAUUUCAAGGCGCCUUAUGAUAAGGAGAAAUAUCAUAAUUGUGAGUUGAUAUUCUUUAAAUGUAACCAUGGAUAUCAUUCAAAGUGUUUAGAUAAUCUUGGUGGUAAAGACAUUAAGACUUGUGUAAUAUGUUAUACAGAUUAGGAUAGGAUAGGAUAGGAUAGGAGAAUAAUAGAAAUAAUAAUAAUAAUAAUAAUAAAUAUGUAUAUAUACAGAGAUAGUUGGGUGAUUAUUUUUCAAUUACCG